ACAACGAUAACGUUACCCCGUCAAAUAUCAAUCAUCAUUCAUCUAUUAUUCUAUUCAUCAUUAAAGUAAUUCUUCUGCUAGGACCUCUAAGAAAUAUGUCGAAAAACAAAUUAAACUUGACCCUUCCUCCUGGUGUGGCUGACAACCAACAGCCUGUGUCACCAUCUGCACCAUUAUCGGCAGCAUCAGACGCAGGAUGCGACAAGUUAAGUGUAGCAAGUUUACAAGAACAGUUGGACCGAGUUGGGAUGGAUGACGAACAACGAAAACGAAUGGAAUUAUUUUUAUGUCAAAAAGAAAAGAUUGGGGGUGAACUUAGUGAUGCAGACUUUGAGAAAAUGAAAGAUGGUGAACUAGGUGCUGGCAAUGGUGGAGUAGUCAUGAAAGUUAAACACAAGUCUAGCGGACUCAUUAUGGCCAGAAAACUCAUACACUUAGAAGUAAAGCCUGCAAUAAAAAAACAAAUUAUUCGGGAACUUAAAAUUUUGCACGAAUGUAACCACGCACAUAUAGUUGGUUUUUAUGGAGCAUUUUACAGUGAUGGUGAAAUUAGUAUUUGUAUGGAAUACAUGGACGGUGGUUCCCUUGAUCUCAUAUUGCAAAAAACUCGAAUACCCGAGCCAAUGCUUGGAACUAUAACUGCUGCUGUUGUCAAAGGUCUAAUUUAUCUACGAGAACAACAUUCAAUUAUUCACCGAGAUGUCAAACCCAGUAACAUUUUGGUAAAUAGUGCAGGAGAAAUUAAGAUAUGUGAUUUUGGUGUGUCUGGACAAUUGAUAGACUCCAUGGCUAACUCAUUUGUUGGUACUAGAUCAUAUAUGUCUCCUGAACGACUACAAGGUACACAAUAUACAUUACAAAGUGAUAUAUGGUCCUUGGGAUUAUCUUUGGUUGAAAUGGCCAUUGGAAUGUAUCCCAUACCUGCACCUGAUGCUAAAACUUUAGCGUCAAUAUUUGGACCUAGAUCUCAGACGACUGAAACAAUAGAAAACAUUGAAGGUGAUGUCUUCGCAAACGGGAAUGGACCAAGGCCAAUGGCUAUAUUCGAACUACUUGAUUACAUAGUUAAUGAACCACCUCCAACUUUACCAGCUGGUAUAUUCUCUGAUGCCUUCAAAGAUUUUGUAGACAGAUGCUUAAAAAAAAAUCCUAAUGAGAGAGGAGAUUUCAAAAUGCUUAUGGAUCAUCAAUGGAUAAAGAAGGCAGAAAGCGAACCAGUUGAUAUCGCUGGUUGGGUUUGUAAGAUAAAAGGUUUAACUCCAACUACUCCAACCAGAAUGGCUUCGAAUUCAGCCUCAUGAGUCUGCUCACUGCUCCUAAUACAAAGGCUCACUGCUGUGGACUCCUAUUUAGACAGAAAUGUCUAGAGGUGUGCCCCUCCCAAGCUUAAUAUAAUAUAAUUGCUUUUGCCAAGAAAUUGUUUUGAUUGUGUUUAUGUAGCCUUUGAUAGGGUGGUAAUUAUAAACUAUAUAAUUAUUAAUUAGGAAAUUGAUUGUAAUUUUAUAAUAUAUUAGGGAUAAUUUAUAAUUAAUAAUCCCAAGGGUGUUUUUUUUAUAAACUUUUCUACGUGUAUUGUGUGAUAAAAGCAUUAAUUUCUAUUUCCAUUGUUAAAUUGUAUUAGUUUGUUGUGUUUUUUAACUUUAUGGCCUACUUGCCUGCUUCUAUUCACAGGCUUAAGUUGGGUUAUGAUAGGCAUAAUAUACAUUUUUGUCUUGGAGUUAACACUUAUCAAGCUUAAAAUAUUAGUAGUACAUAUAAUUAUUGAGCAAAUAAAUAAUUAAAUUAUAUUUAAUCAAGUUAUAAAAUUUUUUUUAAAAUUAAUAUGUGUGAUCUAUUAUGCUUUUAAUUCUAACAUUUCCAACAUAAUUAAUUCAGUGAUUUUUUUGUAUAUUUUUUUUUUUUACUGUUAUGUAGAUAAUUAGUUUUAACAUUUAUAUUUAUUUAUAUUAUAUUUUAUUUGCUAAAUUUAAUUUUCCAAUGUAAAUACCUUUAUUUAUUUUAAGUUCAUAAGUUGUUCCUGCUACUUCAAAGUGCACCCUUUUAACUCACUUUUUUUUCAUUUUACCAUCGUCCAUUUUAUUAAAAUACCAGUUUAGAUUUAUGCGAUUGCUUUUAGUAAAUAUUUAGAAAUAUUUAUUUUUAAAUUGUUUACCCGUAUAUUCAUUGUUUUAUAUUAUGAUGUUACUUUAUUUAUUAACUGUAAUGAUUAUUAUUACAUAGAAUAGUACUUAAAAAUGUAAAAUAAUCAAAAUUACAUUGAAUGUCUUGGCAUAUCAUUAGGCCAAUGGGAGCCGUAGUAGCAGGAGCAGUAAACUAUGUAUUAUUAUACUAUAAUAUUUAAUGACGAAAUAUUGGGAUGAAAACCAUAUGUCAUAUUUUAUUCCUAAAUAUAAUUAUAACUAUUAUUCAUACUAUAUAAAUGUAUCAUAGAAAAAAUAUUAUACAUUUUUUUUUUGAUUUAAAUUAAUUAAACAAUUAUACAAAUAGUUCACUUGAAA